AUGGGUAGUAUUGGCUAUCAGGAUACUGGCCAUCUGCACCAUGAUCCUAAUGUGAUGCCUUCUCUUGCUCCCCCGCUACCGAGAUACGCGCCUGAACACGUCGCUGAGGAGGAUAGAUAUGAAGUUAUGAUCGCAGGGGCUGGCCCAGCUGGAAUGCUGCUUAAGCUGCUUCUCUCGCGAUUUGGACUUGGAGACAAGUCGGUUCUGUGCAUUGAGUCAAGAGAUACUAUCUUGAGAGCAGGCCAGGCAGAUGGAAUACAGCCACGGACAAUGGAAGUACUUAAAAGCCUCGGGUUGAUGCAUGAGAUAUCUACAGACGGCUGUCCAGUGUGGGAGGUUGCGUUUUGGAACCCUGUUCAGCAGAAAGGGGGAGAGGGGGAACCGAAUACUGGACCAAGGGGCAUCGAGCGGACUGCCAUCGUCGACGAUGUUGCUCUCGCAGCUAGAUAUCCUCAUGAAGCCACUACACAUCAGGGGAAAGUGGAACGUAUCCUCGAAGACGACCUUCUCCGGUACUCAGGAGGCAUUCGACGAUCCACGACCCUGCUUAAGGUGCAAAUUGACGAGAAAGGAGACCCGGCUUUCCCGGUCGUUGCUGAAAUUGAAUCUCCAACAAGCCGAAGACGGACUAUUCGCUCCAAGUACCUUGUCGGUGCAGAUGGGGCACACUCAACUGUUCGUCGAUGCAUGGGGUUGAAGCUAGAAGGGGAGAUGACAGACCAUAUAUGGGGUGUCAUUGAUCUGGUAGUUGAUACGGAUUUCCCAGAUGUUCGAAGACGAACUGCUGUUCAUUCCGAUGCUGGCGCCAUCAUGAUCAUCCCUCGCGAGCGGUCCAUGACAGGAGAUUUCAUUACGCGUCUUUACGUGCAGGUUCCCGGUGAUGUCAAGGUUGAUGAAGCUGAUAUUGCAGGAACAACGAAACUUCAGGAGUUUAAAAAAGGGUAUGAUGAUGCGAGAGCUCGACGAGAACAAGUUACCGUGGAAAGUAUCAUGAAGCAGGCUCAGGAGGCUAUCAGGCCAUACUACAUUAAGCAGAGGGAGGGCACGAAGGUCGAAUGGUGGACUGCAUACCAGAUUGGACAGCGAGUAAGUGACCGCUUCUUAGUGAGGGACGCCCACGGAAAGCAUAGAGUGUUUAUUGUUGGAGAUGCAUGCCAUACGCAUAGCCCCAAGGCUGGUCAAGGGAUGAAUGUCUCAAUGAUGGACUCUUUCAACCUCGCAUGGAAACUGGCUUACUCUGUUAACGGACUGUCUCCCGUCUCACACAAAAACACCAGCUCCCCGGAUACAAUUCUCGACACCUACGAGACAGAACGCCGCACGAUUGCACAACAACUAAUCGAAUUCGACCGAUCAUUCUCCUCCAUGUUCUCGGGGAAAAUCGGCACUGCAGGUGCAGCUGGCUCCAAACUGACACAUGACCAGUUCCUGGAAGUAUUCAGGACCGGCAACGGGUUCACUAGUGGAUGUGGAAUUGAGUAUCCCGAGAGCACCUUGGUUGAUAAAUCCAUGGAUUACAAUGUGAUCAGGGGGACGGAUUAUCUGGCUGGUGUCUUGAGGCCGGGUAGGCGGCUGUUGAACGUCAAGCUGAAGAGACAUGCAGACGGCUGCCAUGUGGACUUACACGAUGAAAUACCAACCACCGGUGCAUUUCGGAUUCUAUGCCUUACAUCGGGUGACUUACUUGAUCCGAACGGAAUGUCAAGUCAGACUCUAACUGGACUCUGUGACAUGGUCAAACGUGUAUCCUCCAUGUAUUCAUCCCAUAAUGUCUUGCAGCUUCUCACCAUCUACCCACGCGCAUUAGUAGGGUUAACGCCGACCUCACCACCAAAGGCUCCACUGCCUACUUCAUCCUUUGUUUGGAGUGAUGUGCCUAGCUCCCUGCAUGAGGUUGCAGAAAUGAACGUUUAUUGUUCUGCCGUUGCUAGUGAGGAUGCAUACCGGCUGUAUGGCGUAAGUGAGGAUGAAGGCGCUAUUGCUGUGAUUAGACCAGAUGGGUAUGUUAGUGGAGUAGCAUGUCUGGGCGAGGCAGGGGUUGAUAAAAUAGGACGCUUUCUAGAGGGCUGUAUUUGGAUGGGACAGGAGCAUAAGUAG